GGGGUGUGGUGGGACUGGUGCAGCAGGACUGGCGUGCGUUGGGACUGGUGCGACAGGACUGGGGUGCGGUGGAGCUGGGAACGGCCCGGAGACUGUCGAACUGCAGCCGAGAUUGAACGUGACGCAGCGGCGAGGCGUGGCCUGUCCUGCUCGUCUCUGCCAGCCCCAGGGCUGCUGUGAGGGUAUCGCACCGACGCCGAAAGGCUAAAAGUACGGCUGGUAGACAGGCUGAGACGGCCGGGCAGCCGGCCGGGCGGUGAAGAGGACAGGCUGAUUGGCUGACAGGCGGUCAGGCUGGCCAGGCGGAGCGAUGCCGGGUAACUCUGUGAUCUGGCUGAUCUGUAUCGUGAUAGCGGUGCUGAUCUGCGUGCUCUGGGUGCUCAUCUGCUACAUCGGCUUCUGCAAGCUCCGGCUCCAGCGGCGCUCGGACGAGGAGAGCCUGCUAGGCGCCGGCCUCUUCCUGCACGACCCUUCCCUGCCGAGCACCCCGCCUUCCCAGCGAGAACUAUGGAUGAGAUCCAACGGACUGAACGGCGGCCCCCACAGACCCGAGGAGAAAAGGUCCACCAUAUCCAGGUACAGUGACUGGCUCAUCGCCGAUAGCAGCACGCCCUCGCCAACGUUGUGUCGCAUUUCGUGCGUGUUGAACUCAACCGAGUGA